GUCACCAACACGGUGCCCGCGGGCACCCGGUCGCCCGCAAGGACCACAUGAGUCGCCCGCGGGCCUGUUCCAAAAAUAGCACAUCUCAUAGAGAGCUGCGUCUAAAAAUUAAUUUUGUUCUGUUGCUAUUAUUUUUUUAAUCACACUUGUAUGUAUAUAGAUUUAAAAAAUACUAUCUUAAAAAUACUUUAAGGUUAACGCGCACAAUAUUUACCUAUGGGCAGUAAAGUAGAGCUUGUGGGAUGUGGAGAGUAAGCUAGCGGGCGCUGUAUGCACUUUCGUACCCCAAAAACAUGGCAGAAAAAAGAAAGAAAACGUAUCUCUUUCACAGUGAAUGGGAAGAGGAGUUCUUUUUUACGACUGUAAAAGAAACCUGCGUGUGUCUGAUUUGCGGGACGACCGUGGCGACAGCAAAACGGCACAAUGUGGAGAGACAUUUCAAUACGUGUCACAAAAGCUACCAUGAUAAAUAUCCACCUGCAAGCGCCCUACGGGCAGAAAAAGCCCGUGAGCUAAAGACCGCUCUGGGUAAGCAACAGUCUUUUUUUACGAGGCCGGCCAAAAACUCACAAAAAGCAUCCGAAGCCUCGUUUAGAGCUACACAUUUUCUGAUCAAGAAAAAAAAGGCAUUUACAGAUGGAGAAGUUGUCAAAGAAGCGAUGUUAUUAAUUGCUAACACUGUAUUUAAAGACGAGAAAAAUGGAAGCGACCUAAUCUCCACUCUUUCCGACGUCCAACUGGGGGCAUCUACGAUGGCAAGACGAGUAUCAGCUAUGUCCAGUAACUUGGUCGAUCAGUUGGAGCAGGAUCUGGCGAAGUGCAAGUGGUUUAGCCUCCAGUGCGAUGAGUCCGUGGACAGCAGCAGUACAGCGCAGUUAUUGGUUUUUAUCCGGAUGGUGUUUAAUGAUUUCUCCACAAAAGAAGAACUCCUGACACUACUGCCCUUAAAGACAACUACGAGAGGAGUUGACAUUUAUAACACGGUGAAGGAGUUUUUCGUGCAGAAAAAGGUGCCAUUGGAAAAGCUGGUAGCGGUGACAACAGACGGGGCUCCUGCUAUGGUCGGCCGACAGACAGGUUUCAUCGCUCACUGUAAACGUGACCCAGACUUCCCCAAAUUUCUGCAUUACCAUUGCAUCAUUCACCAGCAGGCGUUGUGUGCGAAAGUGAUCGGCUUUGGGCACGUGAUGACUCCCGUUGUGAAAAUCAUAAACAACAUCCGCUCCAAAGCAAAGCAGCACAGGAUUUUCAAGGUACUAUUAGAGGAGAUGUCAGCAGAAUAUGGGGACCUACUGCUACACACAGAAAUCAGAUGGCUCAGCAGAGGACGAGUUUUGCAUCGUUUUUUGUCUCUUUUGCGUGAAAUCAAAGAGUUCAUGCAGUCCAAAGGCGAAGAUGUCUCACUGCUAGAGGACACAGAGUGGACACUUGACCUUGCAUUUUUGGUGGACAUUACUGGGAAACUAAACCUCCUGAACUGCCAGCUGCAAGGCAAAGAGCAAACCUUUGAGGGGGUUCUAGCGCCCCCUGCAGGAACAGCGCCACAUGCUUAUGGAUCACCGCCGGGGCAGGAAGAGCACAGCAGGAAGAGCGGGUUCCAGUGAUGGGUGGCUUUACUCUUCCCAAUAUAAGAGGCCACGCCCCUUUGAUGACACCAGAAUCUGAGGUUCUUCAUCUUUGAGCUGAAAGUCGAGACACAGAACUCACACCGACCUUUUCUGCCAUCACCCCGCGGCGACACCGCAACCAUCUUCAGAAGUGAAACUGGAGUUCCACAGGGUUCUCUGGUGGAACCUUUACAGUUUUGACUUUACCUUCCAAACAAGGAAAACGGGAGCAGACGCAAAUGUUGGUUUAUCAACUGAAUGCCCGAGAACAGACGAUAUGGUUCACUCUAAAUAUGUGAAUAAUAAUAAAGGUUCUGGUCAGA